CGCGAAGGGGAGCCACGCCCUCUUUUCCCGCCCCCGGCCGCUCCAUGAGGGUCUGGCGCGCGCUGCGGCGGGCGGCCGCCUCCUCAUCCUCUUCUUCUUCUUUUCCUGCCGACGGGAAGCCUCGCAGGCGGGCAUGGGAGACUUCGCUGUCGCCGCUGGAGCGGGUGAGGCGGCUGCUGCCGCCCGAGGAAGCGGCGGCGGUGGCGCGGGGCGCGGCGGCGGCAGCGCUGGAGCCGCCUCAGGCUCGCCCUGAGAAGGAGGAGGAGGAGGAGGAGGUGCCGCUGGUUGCCCCCCGUCAAGCGCUGGUUGGGGCGGCGGGUCCGCGCUCCGGCCCUUUCCGCGCCGGGGAGCUGGCGCUGGCGGCGGUGCCGAGGAAGAACAACUGGACGCUGAAGGUGCUGUGCCGGCUGGCGGCGGAGACGGUGCUGAGCAGCCCCAGCGGGCUCCUGCCCCACCGCGACAUCAUCGGGCAGCUGCCCGGGCAGGUGCUGCGCACGUCGGCCGGGAAGCGGCUGCUGCUGAGGCGGCCCUCGCUGGACGAGUACGUGCUGCUCAUGCCGCGGGGAGCCACCAUCGCCUACCCCAAGGAUAUAAGUGCUCUGCUAAUGAUGAUGGAUCUCCACCCGGGAGACACCGUGCUGGAAACUGGCAGCGGAUCCGGUGCUAUGAGCUUGUUUCUGUCAAGAGCAGUUGGGCCCACGGGCCGUGUUCUGAGUUAUGAGAUCAGAGAGGAUCACCAUAAUUUAGCAAAGAAGAAUUACAGGCACUGGCGCUCUGCGUGGCAAAUCGGACACACGGACGAGUGGCCAGAUAACGUGGAGUUCAUUCUGAAGGACAUUUCAGCAGCUGCUGCAGAUCUGAAAUCUGUAACACUUGAUGCAGUAGUUCUGGACAUGCUGGACCCUCAGUGUGCUCUGCCUGUCGUACACCCAAGCCUGAAACAAGGUGGGGUGUGUGCUGUGUACUUGGCAAACAUCACACAGGUUAUUGACCUUUUAGACAGAAUACGGAGCUGCAAGCUUCCCUUUUUGUGUGAAAGGAUAAUUGAGGUAACUCACAGGAGCUGGUCAGUACUCCCUGCUAAACUCAAGCAUAACAAAUCAAGCCACAUGGUGGGAACUCAAGAAAAUAUUGAAGAACCACCUCAAAAUGAAUAUGAAGAAAUCCAUAUUCAGGAUGAAGCAGUUCUUAAGGAGAGCGAAUACAAUGAGUCACUCAGUGCUGCUGCUGAAACAAACCACUCAGUGCCUUACAUUGCCCGACCAUCCCACUGGCAGGAAGCUCAUUCAGCGUUCCUUACCAAGCUGAGAAAGUUUGGACCACUGCUUUCUUGAUGCUGCUGCCUCCUUAGCUGCUAAUUUGAGUAUUGUAUCAGAAUGAAAUAAAACAUGACAAAGUAGAUGCUACAUUUUGCAAGUUGUGUAACUUUUAAGCAAUGACUGCUCUGAUUUCUACCUUAUAUCAGGUUUGAAACACCAACUGUUAUCCCCCUAUGUAGGGGUAAAAGUUUGAAGUGAAUCAUCACGUCUGGUGUUGUGAUGCAGCCCAGGCUGUUCUGCAAAUCACAGGAUCUGUUUCUGUCUUAUCAGGUGCACUUCAUUCCCCAUUGCUUGUAAACCAGUCCAUAGACUUAUCUUGAUCCAGGGUGCUGCAUGGUUGCCUUUUGCUGGACAGCCUCAGACAGUCUACCAGAAAUAAGGAGAAAAAAUUUUAGUAAGAAAAUGAAGAAUCAAAGGCUCUCCUUUGUAAUGAAUACUUUGCUGGCUUCCAACUAUAGGUUGCUUUAAGAACAAAGUUCUUAAAGCAUAACUUUAAGAGAUACUGAAAUUCACUGAAUGUGUUCACUUGAUAAAGCUGUGCUUAUUUCAACAUCAGAACAGUUGUUGACAGGCACAGCUUUGGUUCCCUUCCAGCACUCAUGCUGCAAGUUGCCUGCUUAUUUGUGAAUAAGCUUCAUAUAAAGUAUUCUCAAAUGGUUGGAGGAAACACCAUUUUUUCUGGCCCUUGUCAGAGAUGAGAAGCCAGAUCUCUCAAGUUAAAACAGACUUGAAGUCAUUUUGGGUCUUCCCUGAGUAAGUGGUGAUGUUUAACACAUUAAAUUAUUAAGUUUUGUUUUGUAAACACCUGACUUGCUUUAUAUCUCAGGAAAUAGUCAAAUGCAAUUUUUUUCCAAGUUGAGAAUCAUAUUUGUACUAAAGCUGUCAAAAACAGUAACAAUCUUACUGUAAUGGUGAAAAUUUGGAUAUUAAUGAGAACACAUGCAAAUAAAAUAUACAGAGCAAUAAAUAACUA